GUUUCGCGACACUCGUUCUACUGUAAAGACGAGCAUCACACACAGACACACUCCGUGUGGCGGUUGUGGUGGAAAUGACAUCGUCCAUGCUGCCGCUCGGCGCCACUGCGCAGCGCGUCACCACGCUGGAGUGUGCGCCGUGUGCGCUGCGUCACAUCAUGCGACGGCGUGGACAGACCGAUUGGACACCGCCGCUGGCCGAUUUCGCCGUGGACAUCGUGGCCGGCGCGCUCACCCUGGCCGACGCUACGGAGGUGCUCGUGCCGUCUUCCUUGGUUCACUACAUGGAGAACCAACGAGUACAACGAAGAAGAGGCGUCGGCGACGAUGCCUGGCCGUGGCCGCAGUGGGAUGCAGCGCUGCACGAGCAUAAGCUUGUUACCUGGACCACCGCGCAGGACGCGACGCGUCUGCUGUGUAGCUCCUACGGCGCUCGCUAUACCAAUUUGUGUGUGCCGGUCCCCGCCGGUCCUCUCGUCUCUCGGAUGGACUUCAGCACGCCCGUUGACGUCUUCUACUCAUCAACGCUUCCCGCGCUUCUUGACGCAGUCAGUGCGCGUCAACGCGGCAACGGCGACGUUCACCGUCGCGUGCGCUGGCGUGCGUGGAUGCGAUCUGCCCUCACCUGCGCCUACGAAGGCACGUACGUCCCCCCAAUUCGGAUGUCCGACUACACAAGUCAGCUGCUGCGGCAAGAUGGCGGGUGCGCGGGAGUUAUCUGGGAGGCCGCUGUGAAGGGACUGACGCCGCGCUGGCUGGAGACGGCGACGAAGACGGCUUUGGCAGUCGGCGUGGCUUCCUCUGCCCUCUCACUGUCUCUGCCGGAGGAGUCGAGCUGCACUGCCCGCCUGCUGGCGAAGUCGGUGGAGGUUGGCAUCACGUCCUGGACAACGUGUGUGCUGUCCGACACCGCGCUCUACGCCCACGCUGACCCGCUCUGUACACCACAGUCGCUGCACGUCUUCACCACCGGCUGGAAUGCGUUGUCCGAGACGGCGUUUCCCGUUGUCGGAGAGCCAGCGGCGGUGACCGAGGCGGAGGCGUCGCUGGCGCGGUGUACGGAUUUCGCUGACGCUGUUCAGCAGAGGUUCCACUCGCUGCUACCGGCAGACGAGGAGGCAGCUUAG